GAUAUGCAACAUCCUUUUUUUUUUCCACUCCCUCCCCUUCACGCACACAUACACGCACACGCGCACUCACACGCUGCAGGACUGCACCGUGUCCACAUGGAAUGCAAUGCAAUGCAACUAUUUGAUAGCAAUUAAUACGUGGACUUUUUCCUUAAUGUGCGGUUUUUUUUUCAUCUGGCUGUCUCUCUUUUAUACACACGCGCACACGCAAGCACUCUCUUUUUCUCUGUCAGUGGGAAUUGGACUACACGCGGAGAGGGUUUCGCUGUGGCGCGCUGCUGGAGGAGACUAAAACUAACAAACAAAAUACGUGGGAACUUAUUUUGGGUUUUUUUUCCGGAGAUGAGGAGAUUAUUACACAUGACGAAGAAGUGAAGAGUAAAGACACCUGAACGCCUCAUGGAAGAAAGGUGCUUGAAGUGGUUCCACACUCAAAAGAAAAGACGGUGACUCGGUCGUGCUUCGUUUUCUUGUGUGCAGCGUCCUCGGAAAAGAAAGUCUUACCCCCCCCUCCCAAAAAAAAAAAAAAAAAAAUCCUCAAGUGGUGUGUAAAAAUGGUCCGGUAGGUACGAAUCCAACUUGGUCAGGUGGGAGACGGAAUUGAACAUGUGAGUCCAAAAAAAAAAAAAAAAAAAAAAAAAAGAACCAGUGCGCACCAGACGGAGCCACAACAGAGCGCUGCAACGCGCAAAAAAAAAAAAAAAAAAAAACUCAAAAUUCCCAGCCGGGCUUGUGUGCACACACACAACAUCUCGACGACUGAGGCGGGAAAAUGUCUUCACACGGACUGCUAAUGGCAGGAGGAUACUGAUUCUUCAUGGUUGUCCACCGAGAAGGUGCCGCAAAAGCCCAGCUGGAUUGUCCAGUCCCUCCUGGACACCCUGUUUGCUUUUAAUGCCAGUCAAGAACUCGGUUGGGCUGCCAUGACGAGCGAGGAGUGUCCCGUGCCGCCGGGGAGCAUUUCCCCGGCCGUGCCAGGGCGGCACGAGGACUACGGCUCGGCGCAGGCGGAUGACAUCAUCGAGGAAGCGGGUCCGUGCGAUGACGCCAGCAUCGGAAGUGACCUGAGUACGCUCGUGGUGCCUUUCCCCGAGUUGGCGCCCGUGGUCUUCUUCUGCCUCAAGCAGACCACCUGCCCCCGCAGCUGGUGCAUCCGUAUGGUUUCCAGUCCAUGGUUCGAGAGGAUUAGCAUCAUGGUCAUCCUGCUCAACUGCGUGACGCUGGGAAUGUACCAACCCUGCGAGAACAUCGACUGCACCUCGGACCGCUGCCAGAUACUCCAGGCCUUUGAUGCCUUCAUCUACAUCUUCUUUGCGUUGGAGAUGGUGGUGAAGAUGGUGGCUCUCGGCAUCUUUGGUCGCCAUUGUUACCUGGGAGACACGUGGAACAGGCUGGACUUCUUCAUCGUCAUGGCUGGCAUGGUGGAAUACUCCCUGGACUUGCAGAACAUCAACCUGUCGGCCAUUCGGACGGUGCGGGUGCUUCGUCCUCUAAAAGCCAUCAACAGAGUGCCAAGUAUGCGUAUCCUGGUCAACCUGCUGCUGGAUACGCUACCCAUGCUGGGCAACGUCCUGCUGCUCUGCUUCUUCGUCUUCUUCAUCUUCGGCAUCAUCGGCGUGCAGCUGUGGGCGGGGCUACUGAGGAACCGCUGUUACCUGGAGGAGAACUUUACACUCUCUUCAGGAAUGGCGCCGCCGCACCCGUACUACAGACCCGAGGAGGACGACGAGCGCCCCUUCAUCUGCUCGCUGGCCUCCGACAACGGCAUCAUGUCGUGUUCCGACGUGCCGGCGAGGCGAGAAGGAGGCCACACGUGUUGCCUAGACAAGGAAGACGCGCUCCACCGACAAGCUCUGGGCCUCAGUCCCGAGCCCGUUACGAACGCGAGCGGUAACGGCGAUGCUAUCGGGCUGUGCAUCAACUGGAAUCAGUAUUACACCCGAUGCCACACCGGGAACACCAACCCUCAUAAAGGGGCCAUCAACUUUGACAACAUCGUCUAUGCCUGGAUUGUCAUUUUUCAGGUGAUCACUCUGGAAGGCUGGGUGGAGAUUAUGUACUACGUCAUGGACGCACACUCCUUCUACAACUUCAUCUACUUCAUCUUACUCAUCAUUAUCGGUUCCUUCUUCAUGAUCAACCUGUGCCUGGUGGUCAUCGCCACUCAGUUCUCGGAGACCAAACAGCGGGAGCAUCAGUUGAUGCAGGAGCAAAGGGCGCAGUGCCUGUCCUCCUCCACGCUGGCCAGCAUGGCCGAGCCGGGCGACUGCUACGAGGAGAUCUUCCAGCUGGUCUGUCACGUCCUCCGUAAGGCCAGGAGGAGGUCGGCGGCUCUGUACUACACGCUGAGGGGCAAGCCCCCGCCGGCUGGUGGAGGCCGAGGCAACAGGCGGGGCGGAGCCAAUCAGAACGGAGAGAGGCAUCAUUCCAGGCAACCAAAAUCUUCCCACUGUCCACACCAAAGCAAGCAGGACCACGAGUCCCAACCCACGGCAAACUCCAUCAGCCUGACUGUGCCUCAGAUCCCAUGGGAAUGCCCUUUGUGCGCGUUGGCCCUGGAAGAGGGCGCGAGGACUCCGGGUGACGCCGCCAGUGGGGACGAGGACGACGGGGACGCUGUAAAGGAGACGGACAAGGAGGAGAACCACUUAGAUGAGCGAGCGGACGGCAACGAGAGGACGAAGAAGAAAAAGAGGAGCUGCUUUGGACGCUGUAGGGAUUUGUGGAAUGGGAUGAGGAGGAAACUGUGGGGCAUCGUGGAGAGCAAGUACUUCAGCCGGGGCAUUAUGAUUGCCAUUCUCAUCAAUACCAUCAGUAUGGGCAUUGAACAUCACAAUCAGCCUGAGGAGCUGACCAAUGUCCUGGAGAUCUGCAACAUCGUCUUCACCAGCAUGUUCACCUUGGAAAUGAUCCUCAAGCUGACUGCUUUUGGCUUCUUUGAGUACCUGAGGAACCCCUAUAACAUCUUUGACGGCAUCAUUGUCAUCAUCAGCGUGUGUGAGAUCAUCGGUCAGGCGGAUGGCGGCCUGUCGGUGUUGAGGACCUUCAGGCUGCUGCGGGUCAUUAAGCUUGUGAGGUUCAUGCCCGCCCUGAGGCGUCAACUGGUGGUCCUGAUGAAGACCAUGGACAACGUGGCGACCUUCUGCAUGCUGCUCAUGCUAUUCAUCUUCAUCUUCAGUAUCCUGGGAAUGCAUAUAUUUGGCUGCAAAUUCAGUCUGAAGACCGAAGCAGGGGACACCGUUCCCGACAGGAAGAACUUUGAUUCCCUCCUCUGGGCCAUCGUCACUGUCUUUCAGAUUCUGACUCAGGAGGACUGGAACAUGGUGCUGUACAACGGCAUGGCUUCCACUUCGCCCUGCGCCGCCCUCUACUUUGUCGCCCUCAUGACCUUUGGGAACUAUGUGCUUUUCAAUUUGUUGGUCGCCAUCUUGGUUGAGGGCUUCCAAGCUGAGGGAGAUGCAAACCGCUCUUACUCGGAUGAUGAAAGGUCUUCCUGCAAUUUUGAGGACAACGAUAAGCAGAAGGACUCACUGCAUCUCUCAGACCCAAAGAUCUGUACGCUGACCCCUAAUGGACACUUGGACCUGGGCCCACUUCCUGCCGGCUUGUUUCCUGGUGAGAGGCUGAGCUUUGCUCUGGGGUCGAGGAAGAACAGUGUCAUUUCACUUGGCAGGGCCAACCUGGAGCACAGGGCGGCGUAUCCAGGUCGGGGUUACCAUAACUGGGGUCGUCCGCUACCGCCCCAUUCCCAAGCUUCCUGGGCUCGUCGUUCCAGUUGGAAUAGUCUCAUAGGAGUCCACCCCUGCUCCUCUUCAUCUCCCACCGCGAGUCCAAUCUUCACCUCCUCGCCCUCUGCUAGACCGUUCUACGGUUACGGCUUAGGCGGACUGGGAGGCGUUGUUGGCGGAAGUCUCCGUAUCCGCGGCCCCCGUGCCUCCUCAUCUCCGCUCCGCCACCUCCACAGUGUACACCCGGACGAGGAAGAAAGCCUCCUCUCUCCUGCUGUUGCCACCCGAACUCUUCACCUUCGCCAUCCGAUCCUCCAGGGACAUUUCGUACCUAGGAGGGACCGCCGAGCUCUAUCCCUCGAGCUUCCCCAUUUGCUACAAGUACCCGGAGCCACACAUCCUUCCAGUACUCUAUUCCCACCCCGUCCCACGUCCCCAACGGCGCUCCAUGCCCACCACAGGAAGAAGAGCUACUCCGGAGGGUUGCUAAUCAGCGGCGGUGGGGGACCGGAAAGUCUAAGCGUCAUAGGAAGAGUACACCAAGACUGUAAUGGCAAGACUCCCCUGGCGCAGAUCCUUCAACCCCCUCCUAAUCAGCAAACGGAGCAGCCCGGCGGGCCGAACAACCAUCGGCAGCUUAUUGCGGACGUCUUUCCUCAGGUGAACACUCGGAACAAGGACCGCGAGGACCUGGACGAUGAACUGGACUAUAGCUUGUGCUUCCGUGUGCAGAAGAUGUUGGAGACGCACAAGCCAGAUUGGUGCGAGACCAGGGAGGAUUGGUCGGUGUUCCUGUUCUCGCCGCAGAACAAGUUCAGGCAGAUGUGCCAGUCUAUCAUCGCUCAUAAGCUGUUUGAUUACGUGGUGCUGGCCUUCAUCUUCUCCAACUGCAUCACAGUGGCUCUCGAGAGGCCCAGGAUACUGCAGGGCAGCUUGGAAAGAGUGUUUCUCACCAUAUCCAACUACAUCUUUACUGCCAUUUUUGUGGGCGAGAUGACAUUAAAGGUGGUGUCCAUGGGUCUGUACAUGGGGGAGCAGGCAUAUUUACGCAGCAGUUGGAACAUUCUGGACGGCUUCCUGGUGUUUGUGUCGUUGAUUGACAUCGUGGUGUCCAUGGCGGGCGGGGCUAAGAUCCUUGGUGUUCUCCGAGUGCUGCGACUGCUCAGAACCUUGCGUCCCCUCAGGGUGAUCAGCAGAGCUCCAGGUCUGAAACUGGUGGUGGAGACCCUCAUCACUUCCCUCAAACCCAUCGGGAACAUCGUUCUCAUAUGCUGCGCUUUCUUCAUCAUCUUUGGCAUUCUUGGCGUACAGCUGUUUAAAGGCAAGUUCUUCUACUGCUUGGGUCCUAACGUUAAGAACAUCACCAACAAAUCCGACUGUCUGCAAGCCAACUACAAGUGGGUCCACCAUAAGUACAAUUUUGACAACUUGGGACAGGCCCUGAUGUCCUUGUUUGUGCUGGCCUCUAAGGACGGCUGGGUCAACAUCAUGUACCACGGCCUGGAUGCUGUGGGUGUGGACCAGCAGCCGGUGACCAACAACAACCCCUGGAUGCUGCUCUAUUUCAUCUCAUUCCUCCUCAUCGUCAGCUUCUUCGUUCUCAACAUGUUUGUGGGCGUGGUGGUGGAGAACUUCCACAAGUGCCGGCAGCACCAGGAAGUGGAGGAGGCCAAGAGGCGGGAGGAGAAGCGUCAGCGCCGCAUGGAGAAAAAGCGGAGAAAAGCCCAGAAGCUUCCCUACUACUCCAGCUACAGCAGCGUACGUCUGAUGAUCCACACCCUGUGCACCAACCACUACCUGGACCUCAUCAUCACCUUCAUCAUCUGCAUCAACGUCAUCACGAUGUCCCUGGAGCAUUACAACCAACCUCACUCUCUAGAUCUCGCCCUGAAGUACUGCAAUUACUUCUUCACCUCCACUUUUGUGCUGGAAGCCAUACUCAAGCUCAUCGCCUUCGGCUUCCGACGCUUCUUCAAAGACAGGUGGAACCAACUGGAUCUCGCCAUCGUGCUGCUGUCUGUCAUGGGCAUCACAUUGGAGGAGAUCGAGAUCAGCGCCGCCCUGCCCAUCAACCCCACCAUCAUCAGGAUCAUGAGAGUACUGAGGAUAGCACGAGUCCUCAAGCUGCUGAAGAUGGCCACGGGAAUGAGAGCCCUGCUGGAUACGGUGGUCCAAGCCCUGCCUCAGGUGGGUAACCUGGGCCUGCUCUUCAUGCUGCUGUUUUUCAUCUACGCCGCCUUAGGAGUGGAGCUUUUCGGAGAACUUGUUUGCAAUCAAGACUACCCUUGUGAAGGAAUGAGUCGUCACGCUACCUUUGAGAACUUUGGCAUGGCCUUCCUGACUUUGUUUCAAGUCUCUACGGGCGACAACUGGAACGGCAUUAUGAAGGACACAUUGCGGGAGUGCCCCCCAGACCAUGGCACCGAUGUGGACUACGCCUGCAAUCCCAGCCUUCAGUUUAUCUCGCCCAUGUACUUUGUCUCCUUCGUGCUCACCGCCCAGUUUGUGCUCAUCAAUGUGGUGGUGGCCGUGCUGAUGAAGCACCUGGACGACUCCAACAAGGAGGCCCAAGAGGAGGCGGAGAUGGAUGCAGAAAUUGAGCUGGAGCUGGCCCAGGGCACCCUCUGUUGCAUGGGCGCCCCCGGCUGCGGCGGCGGGGCGGACAAAGUCGCGGUGGCCGCUGGAUCGCUACCCGGCGCCGAGGCCAAGAGGAAGGACGGAGGAGGAGGCGGAAGAGGAGGGAGGACGCGUAUGGCAGCCACGUACAACGCCGCCGACUCCAACCGACCGUUGUACUCACCAGCACAAGAGAGCCAAUGGCUGGACAGCGUAUCUCUCCUGAUCAAGGAUACAUUAGAAGGGGAGAUGCUGAUGAUCGACAAUCUCUCUGGUUCUGUCUUCCACCAUUACUCCUCCCCUCCACUCAUCUGUAAAGACUGCAGGGGCCACCCCCAAGAGAUCAGGAUGGCGGAGAUCGAGCAGGCUUCGCUGAAGUCGGAGCAACUCAACUCGGAUAAGUCCUCGUCUCCCGCUCUGCCGGAUGACCUCAGCUUGGACGAGCACACGGCCUACCAGUUGCUGGUGCGAGAGAGCAAGGGAAAAUGCAACAACAGCGGUGGUGGUUCCUGCAGUUCUGACGAGGCGGCAUCUGGUGGAGGGAGCCAACGGGUCCACCACACUGUAGUCCAGGGCCAGGUCCAAGGACUGGGCCACCUCUCCAGGACUCUUUGCCAGGUGGAGAUGGAGCUGCAAGACGUAGAAAUGCGAACGAAUCCACCGUGUUCGCCUUAUUAUUGCCCGAGCGGUGUUUCCAUCAGCAGCAACAAGGAAAGAAACACAGACGGAGGAGAAGAAGAAGAAGAAGAAGCCAGUGGCGUGUCCCCGCUACUCCCGUUACCAGGAGCAACCAUCCCGGCACCUCCUCGCAGCAGGAGCCUGAGGUUGUCAAGGAGCCUUAGGUUGACCUCCCCUGCGUCGUGGGCUUCAUUCCGAGUCCCAGGAGGUCACAGCAAGAUGCUCUGUACUCAGUUCCCGUCCCACAGCGACUCGUCGCUUGCGACCGGCAGCUCGGAAGGAAGUCUUCAGACCACCAUGGAGGAAGGACUCAGCUUCAGCAUCUCUCCUCCGCAGCCGGCCGCUCCUUUACCACACGAGUGCCCACUUCGCCAACGCAACACGAGCGUGUCUUCCCCGGUCCAGACCUUGAGACCGAGACCGAGUCCUUCGUCGGCGCUGACCCUGCAAGCCACCGUCGGGCAGCAGCGUAGCCAAAGCAGCGGCCGAGGCAGCACCAGUCCCGGUUUCACCCGAGACGACUCCAUCGACCCUUCGGAUGAGGACUUGGGUAUCGUUAUCGGAUCGUGCAGUCAAGCGGGAAACAGCGAACAUUUAUCCGAAACGAUGAGCAGCUUAUCGUUAACGUCGUUGAUGUCUCCCGGUUCGCUAGCGUACCCCGGAGGAGCGGUGAAGAAGUGCAACAGUACAGGAAGUCUGGACCAAAGCGGGAUUCUGAUGUCAUCCCGAGGACGAGAGAGCCGGGGAUUGGAGAUUAUGGACCCCGAGGGUUUUUUGGGGGUAUUAGCUGACGCGAGAAGAAGCGACGGGGACGCGUUUCGAGGGAAAAGCUCCAGCCAAACAAUAGUAGGGCCUUUUCGGAAAAACAGAUGAAAACCGAUCGGAAUUCUUCGCUGUUUUUCCUUUUGCACUCUCUCUGACGCCACAGAGGCUUUGAUGGCACAUGAACCCUCACGUUGACUCCGCCCACUUUUCAUACAUUUGUGAUGAACCCAAGAACUAUUUUACCUCCGAGGCCUAAGGGCUAACGGAUCGGCGGAAUCAAGGAAUUUCGACUAAUGGAGGCAAAAAAAAAAAUAUCCCAAACUGAAAUCCAAGCCAACAGACUUUUUGAUGUUUGUGCGUGACGGCGUGCAAACACGUCGCGAAAAAAGGCAGACGACGAGCGACGCGGUGACAUGUCAGGUCAUUAGUUUUGGCCGGGAAAGCAAGAAAGCGGAUCUAAUAUCCAUCUGUUCCGGCAGACGGAAACAACGGGUUCCACCCUCUCCCUGGCGUAGAACCUUCUGCUGACAUGACAUAAAAAUACGAGGUGGAGGAGAGUUCACCAGUGUGUGUGUGUGUGUGUGUGUGUGUGUGUGUGUGUGUGUAUGUGUGUGUGUGUGUGGAGAAAGGAGCACCGCCUCAGGUAUCCGAGGCUUUGAAUUCCACACUCAUCCAUUUGCCUGUGGAUUUUUUUUUUUUUUGGGGGGGGGGGGGG